AUGAGUAAUUCAAGUAAAUCAGAAGAACACCUUGGAAUUGAGGAUCUUUUAUCUCUUGAAAACCCAACUCCAGACGUCAUAUUUUGUUUAAAUACUGAUCACAUAACAAAAAUUAAACAAACGAUAAUAGCUAUUCCCUACAUUAAUUUUGUGUUAAAUGAACAUUAUCAAGAAGUUUUAUCAGCAAAUGAUUUCCAGUCAAUGUGUCUUCAAUUAAAUUUAUUAAAGAAAAGAAUCAUUGCUAACACAUACCUAGAAUCAAAAAUUAAAAAGAAAUUAUUUUUAACAUUUGUUCAUCACAUUAAUCAAUUCUUUGAUAAUUAUGGAGAUGCUUCUCAAUUACAUAAUGUGUCACAAUUACAACCACUUCCUCUUCCAGUACAAACAGAAUUUCCUCUAAUUCAACCACCACAAGAAGGAAUUCUUUUAAAUCAACCAAUGGCAUCAUUACCUGUGAUAAAUUCACAAUAUCCAAUGGUAAAUUAUCCAAUGACUGUAGUUGAUUAUAACCAAUACCCACUUGUAAAAUCUGAAUCUCAACUCAAUGACUAUUUAUCACUUAAUCAAUCAAAAGUAAAUUACAUAGAAACAGAUUAUUCCCAAUUAACAUCAAUGCCUACACAAAUUACUCCUUUAAUUCAUCCUACUGAUACUUCUUUAACUAAACUACGAACUAACUUAAUACAAGAACUUCAAAACGCUUCUUCUCAAAUAUUAGGGGCAAUUGCACAAAAAUAUAAACCAGGUGAAGAUGAUGUUGUUAUUGAUAUAGAUACAUUAACAAUUGAUGAUAUUAAUAAUAUCCUUAUUCAAAUACAACAACAAUGA